AAGACGUCGAUGGAAAGUGAUGAUGAGGAAAAUUUCACUGAAAGUGAUCAAAGUAAGACGUCGAUAAAAAGUGAUGAAGAGGGGAAUUUAACUGAAAGCGAUCUAAGUAAGUCCUCGAUGAAUAUUGAUGAUGAAGAAGAUUUUUCUGGAUGUGACCUGAGCCUAAGUAAUUCUGGAUAUUUGGAGAAUGAGUUUUUUGAAUAUUUACAGUACGUGGUGAGUUGCUGCCUGGAUCCCGAGUAUGUAAAUUGUGAUGACAGCCAAGACGAGCUAAAAAUCUCCAAAACGAAAAUCGAAACGAAAAUCGAGGAUCUUAAGAAAAUGCUCGAGAGCGAAGCAUAGACACAAGGAUAUCAAGAAGCUAUGGAAACUUUUCCCACUUUGAGUUGCAGCAGGUUGGAAGAACCCCUUGAAGGGUGUGAAGCCUGUCGAAGACAGGGAAGAAUUGCUUCAAAAGCAGUAACAUUCAUGGGUACACCGUAUGAAAUGGAUACGGAGAAUUACGAGUGCCAAGAAGCGGGGUCACCGCGCGAACUAACGUUUGAGGUCGGUCGAUAUUGUGAAAGAAGAUCAAGAUUCUACCACCGCGUUUUCCACUAUAGAUACCACCUACGUGAGAACUGUGUUGUCGCUGUUAAUCGAUUUUCUAAGAGUGAUAUCACCGCGGAUGUUGUUUUAAAAAG